CAAAAAUAAAAACUCUUUGUAGAGUUAAAAACCCUCGUGUUCAGCAGCCACCUACUCUCUCGCUAUGGCGUCCCAACCCCGAAGAGGCGGAGUGUCCCUGCCAGAGAGACGGGGCGCGAAGAGCGGCGAGAACAGCAGCAGCGUGAUCGCAAGGCUGAGGGAGUCGCCUAUCGUAUUGCGGGGCAGGCAGGCGGCGUGCGACGCCGCGUUCGUGACGAAGAAGCUCCUGAAGAGCACUGGAAAGGCAGCGUGGAUCGCCGGCACCACCUUCCUCGUCCUGGUGGUGCCUCUCAUCAUCGAGAUGGACCGCGAGCAGCAGCUCAACGAGCUCGAGCUCCAACAGGCCAGCCUCCUGGGCACCCCAUCCCAGCCCCCGAAGUGAACCCAGAACAACCACGUUGGUACCGCUCUUCAAUUUGAUAUGUGAGUCUGGAUUUGAUAUGGUUGUGUACUUCUAGGGUUUGGGGUUUUGCAAUUAUUUACAUUAUGUUAGUCUUAGGGUUUCUCUUCCGGGUUAAAAAGGCGGGAUUUAACUGCUUAACCAAUAACCAUGUAUUUUUCUCAGAUAAAUUCUCUGUGAUGUAUUUUGAGAAGUUAAAACGAGGAGUCGAAUUAGGAAUUUAUGUAAUUCUACAAUUUAUGCCAAAACUUCAAGGUUAAAAUUGUUUUCA